CCAUGAUGACCCAUGUGUGUUUCUUUUAUCUAUCGGUGUUCACUGAAAUAUUUCACACUAUUGAUAUAAAAUUCUUUUAAUUUUUUUUAUUGCAGUUCGCUUUAAUCUUCCCUUGAAAAGUUUAACUAGUUUGCAUUGUGUGUCCAGUUAUUAGAGCAGUCUACCUACAUAUCAAACGGAAUCUUCACUGUGUCGUGGACAGAGACUCCUCAACUGUCUGAUCAAUCAUUAUUUUAAGUUACUUCAGAAAGAAUUAGUUACAUGGCUUCUGAAUUUUCAGCUGCCUUCAAAAAACUGAAGGACUCCGAUUCGUAUCGGAAAACAAUUGCUGAAAAUGAAAAAUCGGGUGGCAGCACAAGCAGUGAAGCACCCAAAAGUGGUAGUAGCUCUGGAAGCAGUGGUCACGCAGUUCUGGUGAACCCAAAACAGCGAGGGAAUCCAAUCCUCAAAUCCAUCUGCAAUGUUCCAUGGGAGUUUAAUGAUGGUAUUAUCCCUGAUUACGUCAUGGGCAAAACGUCUUGCGCUCUGUUUCUUUCUCUCAGAUAUCAUAAUCUCAAGCCAGACUACAUCAAUGAAAGGAUCAAACAACUUGGCAAACUUUACGAACUUAGAGUUUUGCUUGUUCAGGUGGAUAUGAAAGACCCUCACCACGCAUUGAAACACUUAACGCGCGUCUGUCUGCUAACAGAUCUGACUCUAAUGUUGGCAUGGACUCCAGAGGAGGCAGGAAAAAUAAUUGAAACUUACAAAAUAUUUGAGCACAAGCCUCCCGACUUGAUCAUGGAGAAAGCAGAAACAGACCCCCAUAUAAAGAUCACAAGCGCAUUAACAACAGUACGUUCAGUCAAUAAAAGUGACGCUGCAACUUUGUUGGACACUUUUGGUUCACUAAGUGGAAUCAUACGAGCCUCGCAAGAUGCGCUCAGCUUAUGUCCUGGAUUUGGACCACAGAAGGCAGCGCGGCUCCAUAAAGCCCUGAGACAGCCAUUUUUGAAAGCAGACAAUGUCAAUAGGAAACAAACUGGAAUACUCAAGUACCUUGGUUCCUCUCAACAGUCAAGCUCUUCAUAGCAGAACAUGUUAUUGAUUUCUGAGAACAUAUUUGUUGAAUUUGUAAAGUUUUCGACGUUCCUGUUUUAAAUUUAGUACAAUUGUUCCUGAAAGAUAUUGUAUAAUGUUGUACAUAUCCAUAAAUUAUUUUUAAAAACUUUAUGUUUUCCACUACAAAGUUGCAUUAAUUUAUACUUAGAUCUAGGCAACUAUUAGUGAUUAAGUUUUGUAAGUAUUUAAAUAACUUUUCUACCUAAUAAAGCUCAUGAAUUUUUUAGAGCA